CGAGCGAGCACCGCGGCCCAGAGGGAGGCGUGCACGGGCCGGGAGCAGCCCGCCCCGGGGGGAGGAGGCGGCGGCGGCGCUGCACGUCCCGGCGGCCUGAGCCUCAGUCCGCCCGGAGCCGGGAGAGGAGCAGCACCGCCCGCCGCUGCCAUGCCGAAGCACGAGUUCUCCGUGGACAUGACCUGUGAAGGCUGCUCCAACGCGGUCACACGCGUUCUCAACAAGCUGGGAGGUGUCCAGUUUGAGAUCGACCUGCCCAACAAGAAAGUGUGCAUCGAUUCGGAGCACAGCGUCGACACCUUGCUGGCCACGCUGAAGAAAACUGGGAAAAGCACCUCCUACCUGGGGGAGAAAUAACCCCCUAGCCGAUGGGUCGGAGGGUCAGGCUUUCUCCACACCCCACAGGAGGAGCGCUAAUGUGAUGGCUUCAGAGAGAAGAUGGCCUGUGUACAGAUCUGUUGACACCCUCUGUCAUUUGACCCCGGAUACCCUGCCAGAUGUUGGAAAGGAGGAGGCAGGACCCUCAGAGUAAAGGACUAUGAUCUACUUGAACCAGAGUUUGUAAAACUCCCCUCUUGAAAUGGAGAGUUCUGGUGUGCUCUCCCUCUCUGGCCUUGCAGUAAACGAAGGGGAUGCUUCUCUUUUCAAAUACA